UUGUUGCAGCUUUUGGCUCCACUCCCCAUUGGAUUUGCAGUAUUUUUGGUUCAUUUGGCCACCAUCCCCAUUACUGGAACAGGUAUCAACCCUGCUAGGAGUCUCGGAGCUGCCAUAAUUUACAAUAGAGACCACGCAUGGGACGACCAGUGGAUCUUCUGGGUUGGUCCCUUCAUUGGAGCUGCUCUUGCUGCAAUUUACCACCAGAUUGUCAUCAGAGCCAUUCCUUUCAAGAGCAGGGCUUAAGUUUUCAUGCACUUUCGAGUGUAAUAAUAAUGUUUCAUGGCAGUGUAGUGUUUUUUUCCUUUCUUUUUGUGUGUAACUUAUGGGGCUCUGUGUAUUUAAAGCUUGUUGCAUGUCCUAUGUAUGAAGAAUUCUUUAUUUCUUUUUCA